AUGCAACAUGAUGAUGAGGACAUAAUAUCAGAUUCAGAAGAUGAACUUUUUCCGUUAUAUUCACAAUCACAACAACUACGACAAACUUUAUCAACUGAAAAUUUAAAUUCACAGAUAAAAGAUCGAUUAUCACAACAAAUUGAUUCUCCGCCGCCAACGUUCAAAUAUGACAGACAGCCGCCAAACGUACAACAAACACUUGAUUUUCAACAAUCACUUGAACCAUUAGAUGUAGGACUUGAGAAUGAAGAAGAUGAUGGUGUUUUUUUCAAUUGUACUCAAAUGCAAAGUGCUCAUGAAACUGUGAUGGAGGAAGAAAGAAUAUUAAACAAACAAGCUAAAAGUAUAAUGUCUAUUAUGUCUUUCAAAUUUGUGGAAGAGCCAGAAGUACCAAAAUUGAAUGGAACUAAGAAGAAUAAAUCAUCAUCAGUCCAAAAACCAUCUCGAUUAAAAGCUCAAAAACCUACCAUCAAUAAGAAAAAAAACCAAUCAAUGAGUAAGAAUGUACGUGAUCUAUACAAUGGUAGUGAAAACGGCUUUAGAGAAGUCAUGGUUGAACAACAACAAACUAGAAUUGAUGAAUUUGUGGGGAACAAAGUCAAUGGAACUCUAAAAUAUAAGAAAAUGGAGCAAUUGCGGACUGACAGAAUAUUAAUGAAUGCUUCAGAAUGGUAUUCUUUUUCCAAAAGCAUCAAAGUUAAAUUCCCCAAAACACUAUUUCAAGACAAAUUGGAAAUAGAUGAAAUUGAAGACUCAGAAGAUGAAAUCAAUAGUGAUGACGAAAUCGACAUGUGCCGAUUAUGGAAUGAAUCAAAAUCAGACUUACAUUUAUCAAUGGAAGAAUUAAAGCAUUUAUACAAUAAAUAA